AUGUCGCUGGCCCUGCUGAAUGCCGUAUCAACUUUUACACCCAUCGAAACAUCAGAGGACCGGCUCAAGCUGAGGAUUGGGCUCCAUUCAGGUUUGACUAAGGGCACCGUUGGAUUCCUAGAAUUUUUAUCGUGGAUUUUGUGCUGUUAGCAUAGAGGGUAACGCAAAAUGUGCAAAGUUUUUUUUGUGUGUGUGACAUUCCCCAGGUCCAGUGUGUGCCGGCGUGGUCGGUCUGAAGAUGCCUCGCUAUUGUUUGUUUGGAGACGCUGUCAACACGGCCUCAAGGAUGGAGUCUAAUGGAGUAGGUGAGAUGUCAUGUUACAUUGUGGAGUAG